AGCAGCCACCCUCCACACCCACCACCACUGACAGGCGCAUUGCGCAAGCGAUUCAGGCACCGCCUCGUCCACCACACAGAAGCUCACGCAAGCCCGUGAUUUCAAGCAAGCGCGCGAGCGAGCUUACGCACUCUUUUCUUGGCACUCGCAUUGCCUUUACCACGCGUCCAGACUGCGCCCAGACGACACUCGGCUUGUCGCACACUACGGGAGACCAGGCUCUUCCUGACCCCUCACACCUCCAGAGCUUCGUCGACGUAGCACGCAGCAUCGCACGUUGCCCGUCAUGGCUUCCGCCCGCAGUCUCGACCACACAAAGUCCGAGGCCGAGCUGGCCAUCAACAUAAAGAAGGCCACAAGCCCCGAAGAAUCGGCACCGAAGCGCAAGCACGUCCGCAGCUGCAUCGUCUACACAUGGGACCACAAGUCGGCCCAGUCCUUCUGGGCUGGGCUUAAGGUGCAGCCGAUCCUGGCUGAUGAGGUUCAGACGUACAAGGCCCUCAUCACCAUUCACAAGGUCCUUCAAGAGGGCCACCCGCAAACCCUGAGGGAGGCUAUGGCCAACAGGAGCUGGAUCGACAGCUUGAACAGGGGCAUGAGCGGCGAGGGUGUCCGCGGAUAUGCUCCUCUCAUUCGGGAGUACGUCUACUUCCUGCUGGCGAAGCUGUCUUUCCACCAGCAGCACCCGGAGUUCAACGGCACCUUCGAGUACGAAGAGUAUGUGUCGCUCAAGGCCACGAACGACCCCAAUGAGGGAUACGAGACCAUCAUGGACCUCAUGACACUUCAAGACAAGAUCGACCAGUUCCAGAAGCUCAUCUUCUCGCAUUUCCGCAAUGUCGGCAACAACGAGUGCCGGAUUUCCUCCCUCGUGCCUCUGGUCGCCGAAUCCUACGGUAUUUACAAGUUCAUCACGAGCAUGCUUCGUGCCAUGCACUCCACGACUGGCGACGACGAGGCGCUCGAGCCAUUGCGCGGACGCUACGAUGCGCAGCACUACAGGCUGGUCAAAUUCUACUACGAGUGUUCCAACUUGCGUUACCUAACCAGCCUGAUCACUAUCCCGAAGCUCCCGCAAGACCCGCCGAAUCUUCUCGCUGAAGAUGAGAACGCCCCGGCGCUUCCAGCACGCCCGAAGCAGGAGAUUGAGCGCCAGCCGACACCGCCCCGGCAGCCACAGACCGAGGAGCCGGACCAGAUUGCCGAGUUCUGGCAAGGGGAGAUUGAAAGGCAGAACAAGGAAUACGAAGACCAGCAGAGAGUGCUGCAGGAGCGUCAACAACAAGCGCUCCUGGCGCAGCAACAAGCGCAGAUGCAGGCACAGAGGGACUUCGAGGAGCAGCAGCGCCGAUUGGCCGAGCAGCAACAACGCGAACAGGAGGCCCUGCUGGCUCAGCAAGCACAAUGGCAAACCCAGGGUCGCCUGGCGGAGCUGGAGCAGGAGAACCUCAACGCCAGAGCACAGUAUGAGCGCGACCAGCUUAUGCUUCAGCAAUAUGAUCAGCGUGUAAAGGCCCUCGAGGGCGAACUGGCACAUAUUCAGUCGAGUUAUGGCCAGCAAAUGACGAGCAAGGAUGACCAGAUCCGCGCGCUGCAGGAGCAGGUCAACACCUGGAGGAGCAAGUAUGAGGCGCUCGCCAAGUUGUACUCGCAACUGCGGCACGAGCACCUCGACCUGCUCCAGAAGUUCAAGUCAGUGCAGCUCAAGGCAGCUUCGGCCCAGGAAGCCAUCGAGCGCCGCGAGAAACUGGAAAGGGAGAUCAAGACCAAGAACCUUGAGCUUGCUGACAUGAUUCGUGAGCGAGAUCGCGCGCUCCACGACCGUGACCGCCUGACUGGCAGCAACAAGGACGAGCUUGAGAAGCUCAAGAGGGAGCUGCGCAUGGCGCUCGACCGUGCCGACAACCUUGAGAGGGCCAAAGGAAACGAGCUUUCGUCUAUGCUCUCCAAAUACAACCGGGAGAUGGCUGAUCUGGAGGAGGCUCUCCGCACCAAAUCACGGGCGCUCGAGGAGGCACAGAACAAUAUCCGGAGCGGCAGCUCGGACCUCGAGCAGCUCCUCCAAGACAAGGAGGAAGAGCUGGAGGUCUACAAGGCCAGUCUGGACCAGGCGCUCGUUGAGUUGACUACAUUGAGGGAGAGCCAAGGUGCAACUGACGAAGCACUCGACUCUGCUCUGUACGGCGCCAACCUUGACAGAAUCAACCACAUGAUCGACUCCGUUCUUGAAGCCGGUGUGGCGCGUGUGGACGAUGCUCUGUACGAGCUGGAUUCGAAUAUGCAAGCCGGUAACCAGAACGCGUCGCCAAGUUACGUGCUGUCGCAAAUUGAGAAAGCGUCGGCCACCGCAACAGAGUUCGCGACGGCGUUCAACGACUUCUUGGCUGACAUCCCCAAUGCCGAUCACGCCAACGUCAUCAAGGCCAUCAAUGUCUUUUCUGGUGCCAUCGCGGAUGUGUGCAGCAACACCAAGGGUCUGACCCGUCUUGCCACCGAUGACAAGAAGACCGACCAGCUUAUGAGCGGUGCCCGUGUUGCUGCUCAGUCUGCCAUUCGCUUCUUCCGUGGCCUUCUCAGCUUCCAGCUUGUCGACAGAGAGGCCGAGGAGAAGCAGGAUGUAGUCAUCAACAGCAACAUCGAUGUGCAAAUGAACCUGCAAACCUUGAACAAGCUCGUGGAGACUUUUGCGCCUGGCUUCGGAAAGCUUGCGGCCAACAAGGGCGACAUUGGCGACCUGGUCGACUCUGAGCUUAGCAAGGCCGCGGACGCCAUUGCUGCAGCCGCGGCACGACUUGCGAAGCUCAAGAACAAGCCCCGUGACAAAUACUCUACUUACGAGUUGAAGGUCCACGAUUCGAUCUUGGACGCUGCCAUGGCUAUUACAAACGCGAUCGCUAAACUCAUCAAGGCUGCCACACUCACUCAACAAGAGAUUGUGCAGGCGGGCAGGGGGUCUUCUUCGAGAACCGCCUUCUACAAGAAGAACAACCGCUGGACGGAGGGUCUCAUCUCCGCGGCCAAGGCUGUUGCGUCUUCCACCAACACCUUGAUUGAGACCGCCGAUGGUGUUCUGUCGAACCGCAACAGCCCGGAGCAAUUGAUUGUUGCCUCCAACGACGUUGCUGCCUCAACAGCUCAGCUUGUUGCUGCCAGCCGUGUCAAGGCUGGCUUUAUGAGCAAGAGCCAGGACGAGCUUGAGCAGGCUAGCAAGGCCGUAGGCGCUGCGUGCCGUGCCUUGGUCAGACAGGUGCAGGCACUCAUUAAGGAGCGGUCUCAAGAAGAGGAUGCUGUGGAUUAUGCCUCUCUUGGCGCACACGAGUUCAAGGUGCGGGAGAUGGAACAGCAGGUCGAAAUCCUCAAGCUGGAGAACUCGUUGUCUGCUGCGAGACGGAGACUGGGCGAGAUGCGCAAGAUCUCGUAUCAGGAAGAAUAGACACACCAUCCUUGGCACAGCGGGAUGUGAGCGCGGGUGGACAUUGUAGCAUUGCUAAACACGUCAAGGUAUAUAGGCCAGGCUUGAAGUUCCCAGGCUCUAGGAAACAAAUGUACAUUUGGCAUAGCCAUAUGGGUGUUAUCUUUAUGCGUGUGCUUCUGUGGUGAUGGAUUGGUGAACGACAGCGGGCCGCGAGACGGAACCGUGCUCAUGGACUUGUAUUUGGUCAUGAGCUACUUAUCACAAGCAAUGCAACAUGAACACUGACCUUGAU